ACGCAAAAAUCAAUGGCAAGAAUCAAGCAUGUGCUAAGUGAAAGAAGAGUAACUUAUGAAUAUGCGAUACGAGAAGACCCCAAAUUAUUCGGACUGGAAGAAGCACCUGAACCACAUAUAGGAUACAGAGAAGAGUCAAAUGAAAUGCCUUUUAAUAAAAAAAGAA